GUUUGAGAAAACAGCAAAGUAAAAGACACACGUGGGCUUUGUAAAUAAACUUUGCUUCACGCUGCUGCCGUUUGUUGUGCUGUGUAUUUGUGAGUGAAGUUCACAGGGGGGGGUGUAAAACCCCGGUUGUUUGCUCCGAGUCUUCCUGGGCUGGACCUUACCCAGGUAGAGCCAUCUUUUUUUUUUUCUGUGUGUGAAAGAGUACGUCGGAGGGGCUGGGUUUUUUUUUCUUCCUCCAUUAACAUGAUCAACAAGCGUGCAUGAGUGCUUAGGUUACUGAUUACAGGUGAUGUUAUAAUUUGAGAUAAGGUUCGAGUCCAGGCGCAAAGUCCUGCCAGGUACAACGAGUCUGCAGUUCUUGUUCACAUCCCUCUUUGGAGCGCUGCUGCUUCUCAGGGUUGCGUGAAAACACGGCAGCAUCAUGAGUGUAGAGUCCACCAAGCCGCGUGAUGCUCGCUGCUCCAAGCUCAAGCUCUUUCUGGCCUCGAUGGCCUUUGCGUACUUCGCCAAAGCUUUUGGUGGCGCCUACAUGAAGAGCUCAAUCACCCAGAUUGAAAGACGCUUUGACAUCCCCAGCUCUCUCAUCGGGGUGAUCGACGGCAGCUUCGAGAUAGGAAACUUAUUGGUAAUCGCCUUCGUGAGCUACUUCGGCGCUAAGCUCCAUCGUCCCAGACUGAUUGCGAUUGGCUGCUUGAUCAUGGCUGGUGGCUCCUUCCUCAUUAGUCUUCCUCACUUUCUUCAGGGCCCGUAUAAAUACGAGACCAGUAUGACUCACGGUACCGAUACCAACGGUACCGAGAGCAUCACGCCAUGUUCGUCCAACCGUAGUUUGACCGACGACGAACCGGAUUUAGCAGCCCGAGCAGAUUGUGAGAAAGCUGCCGGUUCGUCCAUGUGGGUUUAUGUGUUCCUUGGGAACAUGCUGCGAGGGAUUGGCGAGACCCCCAUCAUGCCUCUGGGAGUUUCCUACCUGGAUGAUUUUUCCAAAGAAGAGAACACACCUUUCUAUUUGGCCUGCAUCCAUACGACGGGAAUUCUAGGCCCCAUGUUUGGCUACAUGAUGGGAUCCUUCCUCGCCAAGAUCUACGUGGACAUUGGAUUCGUAAAUUUAGAUAGCGUGACCAUCAACUACAAGGACUCCCGCUGGGUCGGGGCAUGGUGGUUGGGCUUCAUCGUUACUGGCACGAUUAUUUCGCUCUCCAGUAUCCCCUUCUGGUUCCUGCCCAAGUCUCUUCCCAAGCAGGGGAAGGAGGACCAGAGCAAAAGUCUAGAACUCAACGCAGAUGCAGAGCAGGAUCAUUUCCUCACGGAUCAGGAUCACGAAGAGAAAGAAAUGACGUUCGCGGAGAUGGCUAAAGAUUUCAUUCCAUCUUUGAGGAGACUCUUCAGAAACAGCAUUUAUUCCUUGAUGAUCCUCACCUACCUGGUGGCCGUCAACGGUUUCAUGGGCAUGAUCACCUUCAAGCCAAAGUUCAUGGAGCAAAUCUACGGCCAGUCGGCCUCCAAGGCCAUUUUCGUCAUAGGUAUAUUCAACUUGCCGGCAGUGGCCUUGGGGAUCAUUACCGGAGGUUUCGUUCUGAAGCGUUUCAAACUGGGCGUGAUCGGGGCGGCCAGGGUUUCCAUAACGGCGUCAGUCGCCUCCUUUUGUCUGCUGGUCGUGCAGGUCUUCCUUCGUUGCGAGAACGCCGAAGUGGCCGGCCUCACCGUUACGUAUGAAGGAGUCCCGGAUUUAUCCUACGAGCCGCAGACAUUGUUGUCCCAAUGCAACGCCGGCUGUUCUUGCUCGAUGAAGCAGUGGGAUCCGGUCUGCGCCUACAACGGGAUGACGUACGCCUCACCCUGCCUGGCUGGGUGUCAAACGUCCUCGGGCACUGGAAAGGAGAUGGUGUUCCAUAACUGCUCCUGUGUUAGCCAAAUGAUCCGUCCGAGUCAAAAUACGUCAGCGGUGUUGGGCCAGUGUUCCAGGAAAAGCGACUGCGACCGGAUUUUUAAAAUCUACAUGGCUCUGUCCGUGGUUGGUUCCUUCAUAUCGGCGUGCGGAGGCACCCCGGGGUACAUCGUGAUGCUCAGGUCCAUACAACGAGACUUGAAGGCUCUGGCUUUAGGAAUGCAGACGUUGAUCGUAAGGACUCUGGGUGGGAUACCUCCGCCGAUAUAUUUUGGGGCUCUGAUUGACCGGACCUGUUUGAAGUGGGGUACCAAGCAGUGCGGGGGCCGCGGCGCAUGUCGAUUUUACGAUGCCGAUGCGUUCAGGUGGAGGUUCAUGGGGUUGAUCACUGGACUGUACUUCCUGUCCAACAUGAUGUGGGGAGGCUUGUACCGGAAAAUUGUGCAGAGGCAGAAGAAGUUGGCAUUGAGGGAGCGAGCCAAGGAAAAAGAACGAGAGGAGAACAGAGUGAACGGACAUGCUAAGAUCAACAUAGCCCAAAACAAAGACGACACAGAAAAGGAGAGUACCAUUUAAAGAAUGCCUUCUUGUUUUUGUACUCAGAUCGAGAUUUGGCGCCAUCUGGUGACAUUUUGGUGGAAAACCAUUGCUGUAUUAGGAAAAGGUGAAAAGAUAUCAAAUGUAACAAACAGGAACGGGAGAACGAGGGGGGG